UUCUCCUUCAUUAUUUUCCCCUUUAACCCCUCCUUCUCUCUUACUCUUCUUUUCAUUCGAUCAUCAUUUUCUUCAAUCUCCUCCACCUUUUCUUUUUUAUGCUCUCUCUCUCUUUUAACCUACCCUUCAUCUCCCCAACCCUUCUAUUCUUCUUCUUCUUCUUCUCCGUCUUCUUCUUCAUCUUGUUGAUUCAAUCAUGACUGAUCCGUACUCCAAUUACUUCAAUGGAUCAUGGUUUAAUUAUCCUCCGCUUCACCAUUUCUCUUCCUCCACUUCUUCUUCUUCUUCCAACCCUUCUUUUAAUAAUUUAUCUAUAAACCCUUUUGGCUAUUAUAAUAAUUUCUACUCAAAUACCAUCAACUAUCAUCAAUCUUCUUCUUCUUCUUCAUCGCCUCCUUCUCCUCCUCUCAAAGAAGCCCUCCCUCUCCUAAAAUUGAGCCCCACAAAACAUCCACACAAGGAAGAACAACAACCACAACAACAACAGUCCUCAUGCAGUACUGCCAUGGAAGUUGAUCAAAAAAGCUUCUUCUCCAUUUCCAAUGAUGAUGAGGAUGAUGAAAGUGUCACUGUUGCUCUCCAUUUAGGCCUCCCCAGUCCUAGUUCUAAUGAUUUGAUCUCAGGAAUCUCCUCUGAUAAAGAAGAAGAUGUCACUGUUGAAACAACGACAACAACAAGACUCAACAAAGGCCAAUAUUGGAUUCCUACACCUGCCCAGAUUCUGAUUGGUCCAACUCAGUUUUCAUGUCCUCUUUGUUUCAAAACCUUCAACAGAUACAAUAACAUGCAGAUGCAUAUGUGGGGGCAUGGAUCUCAAUACAGAAAAGGCCCGGAGUCUCUAAGGGGGACACAGCCAACCGCUAUGCUCAGGCUCCCUUGUUAUUGUUGUGCUCCUGGUUGCAGGAACAACAUCGAUCAUCCCAGGUCAAAACCAUUGAAGGAUUUUCGAACUCUUCAAACGCAUUACAAGAGGAAGCAUGGGAUUAAGCCUUUUAUGUGUAGGAAAUGCGGCAAGGCGUUCGCGGUGAGGGGUGACUGGAGAACCCAUGAGAAGAAUUGUGGAAAGCUUUGGUAUUGCAGUUGUGGGUCUGAUUUUAAGCACAAGAGGUCUUUGAAAGAUCACAUUAAGGCUUUUGGACAUGGCCAUGCGUCUUGUGGGAUUGACUGUUUUGAAGAAGACGAAGGUGCCUCUGAAAUUGAGCAAGAUAAUGAAUCCUCCCGUGACAUUGAUUGAUUGAAUGGGAUCUUCAGAGGAAGAUUGUCGUGAAUGAAAUAUCUCAUCAUCAUUUCUGCUGACACUUUUGUUUUGUUUUGUCAUGGCUUUAAGAGUUAAAAUUAUAAGAAAUUAAUCCUUUGA